UACCACGCUUUCUCACAUUGUUAGAGGAGAUACUUGCAUUGGACUGUUAUAGAUAAAGAAAUUGUCACAGGAGACUCCCACACUCGUAUUUCACAUCUAGCACUAUAUCAGUGGUUUGUCACCUAUACAUUCGCGACAAAUGGCAAACAAGCCAGCUUCUAGGACUAUAACUGUUGCCGCGGCACAGCUUGGCCCAAACCAAAAGUCAGCCUCGCGGGAGUCAAUUCUCGAACGUAUGUUAAAACUUAUGGACGAGGCCGCUUCCAAACGUGUCCAGCUAAUCGCAUACCCCGAGUUGGCCCUAACGACCUUCUUCCCGAUCCACUACAUGACAGACGAGGAUGAGAUAGCAGGCUACUUUGAGCCCGCGUCAGCGAAGGACCCUUAUGCCGUCCUGUCCUCGCCGCAUGCCAAAACUUUGGUGGAUAAGGCGAACCACCUCGGGAUCGACUUCUACGUAGGUUUCGCAGAGCGCUGGACUGGAGAUGACGGAAGCAUGACAGAUUUCAAUACUUGUAUUUACUACUCGGUCGCCGCCCGGAAUGGUGUUGGAAAGUACAGGAAAGUCCAUCUUCCGGGACGCACAGAACCGCUGCCAGAUCCAAAAGCGUUCCAACAGCUUGAGAAAAAGUACUUCACGCCGGGAGACUUGGGCUUCCAGGCAUUUAGGGCGCCUGGGUUGAUUCAGGGUGCACUGAAAGCUGAGGAUGUUGAGCCGGGGAUAGAAUCGCAGGGCAAGGGAGACCCGAUCUUGGGCAUGUUGAUUUGCAAUGAUAGGCGAUGGCCCGAGGCCUGGAGGCCGUAUGGAUUACAAGGUGUCGAGCUCGUUAUAGAAGGAUACAAUACUACAGCGUGGGCACCGCAGCACGACGGAACGCCUGAGGAGCAACAAGACCUUGCUGAGUUCCACCACAGGCUGUCGUGCCAAGCUGGCAGCUAUCAAAACGCCUUGUGGAGCAUAAAUGUCGCGAAAUGCGGUGUCGAGAACGAUCAGGGUCUCAUUGGCUGUAGUUUAAUUAUUGACCCCUUUGGGAGGAUAGUGGCCGAAUCAACGACCAUGGGCGACGAACUCAUUGUCGCGACUAUUGAUCUUCAAAUGUGCCAGGCACAGAGGAAUAGGGUGUUCAACUUUGAGAAGCACAGAAGGCCUGAGCACUACGACAUUAUUCUGAAUCAAGUAGGUUUGCGGGAGAUCCCUCUCCUAUCGUCCUCCUUGUAGUAGGCUCCUUGUUGAAAUACAAAAUUCUCAUCUCUGAUUAUGAGAUGAAAUCAAACUACGUCCUAAGCACUGGAAGUCAGCUCAAACGAAUCUCGUUAUCGCAUUUUCCCAGAACCUGCAAGGAGCAGCUAUAUCUUUCUAAGGUGUUUGAUCAAUUUUUCGCGUCUUAAUAACCCAAGGUUGAGUCAAGCUAGGGG